AAACUUUAUGCUGGGAUCGGCCCCGGGGGUCCCCGGAGAUGGGCUGGCCCAGAAUGACGUCAGAGGGACAGUAACCAGUCGCGUCUUUCGCCGCGCUAGAUUGAUAAGCCCGCCGGCCAAUAGGAUCCGGGCGCUGGUAUUUCCUGUAUAGUAGUUUUUAAUAUGGCGAAGACUUACGACUAUUUGUUUAAACUGCUUCUGAUCGGGGACUCGGGGGUCGGGAAGACGUGCGUGCUGUUCAGAUUCUCAGAGGAUGCCUUCAACUCUACCUUCAUCUCCACCAUAGGUAUUGACUUUAAAAUCAGAACUAUAGAAUUAGAUGGCAAGCGAAUUAAGCUACAGAUAUGGGAUACUGCUGGACAAGAGAGGUUUCGUACAAUCACAACGGCAUAUUACAGAGGAGCAAUGGGUAUUAUGCUGGUAUAUGAUAUUACCAAUGAAAAGUCAUUUGACAAUAUAAAAAACUGGAUACGAAAUAUUGAAGAGCAUGCGUCCGCUGAUGUUGAAAAAAUGAUUCUUGGAAACAAAUGUGACGUGAAUGAAAAACGGCAAGUUUCUAAGGAGAAGGGGGAAAAGCUGGCACUUGAAUAUGGAAUAAAAUUUAUGGAGACUAGUGCAAAGGCCAAUAUUAAUGUGGAAAAUGCUUUUUUUACGUUGGCGCGAGACAUCAAAGCAAAAAUGGACAAAAAAAUGGAGGGAAACAGUUCCCAGGGCAGUAAUCAAGGAGUGAAAAUAACCCCAGAACAACAGAAGAAGAGCAGUUUCUUUCGAUGUGUUCUUCUGUGAGGGACCUUGCCUUAAUGGAGUUUCUUGCUUCAUCAAACUGGACUGUGCCUGUAUUUGAAUUCUUGUUAUCACAAACCUAGAACCUUAAAGCACCAGCUCUGCCAAACCUUGGCUACCUGAAUGAGAGCGAUAAGCUCUGUUUUACUAAGCAGUUCUGGAAUAUGUUCUAAGUUUGUACAUUUCUUCAUUAUUUUCCUUUUUUGAGAUGAGAUAAAAACUUUUUUUUUUUUUUUAAUUCAAGGCCUGUUGUCUAUAAAUCCAAGCAUUCCUAUAGAGCCAUAUUUCCUUUUUUUAAAACCAACCAGCUUUAUAUUUGGGUACAUGCAUAUGAUCUUUAUGCGCACAAAUACAAAGGUGUGUGUGUUCUCUACCCAUACAUGCACAUAUUACAUUUACAUUGUAUUUCAAAACUAGUCUUCCUGAUGGUGGAACUAAAAGUUAUUUUUUGUUUUUUUUUCAUUUAAAGAGAUCUAGACUUUUUUGUGUGAGAAUAUAAAGAAAUACACAAAUAGGACCUACAGUGUAUCCCUCUGUAAACUGGUAUUUGUACAAGGAUAAGUCAUAUGGCUUGUUAUGCUUAUCUUUCGAUUUGAAAUAUGACCUGUUAAGUUGACUUUUAUAAAAGCUUUUACGUCCAGAAAAUAAAAGUAAUGGUCAUUUUCAUAAUCUUGACUUUUACCUGAAAGUUCCAAGCAUGCAGUGUAAAAGCUAUAGCUAAUAAGAGGGCAAAAAAACAAAAACACAUUUAUAGAGAUCAUUGACCAAGUCAUAUACUAGGACUAGGACGAUUACUUCCCCAAAUUUUAGAUGUCUUUAAAGUUGUAAAAAAAGAGUACUAACAGAUGUUUGAAGUUUACAGAGCUGAUUUACAGAAUGGCAUCAAUAUCGGAAUCUGACAUUAUGUGCAUUAAUUUGUAGUAUGACGAACCAUAAAUAACCCAGAACAAAAUGUCAAAAAUUUUAAAAUUGCUGCAUGUCCUUUCCUUGUAAUAUCUCUCUGGCCAUGACGCACAAAGAAGGCUGCGAGGAAUAGAUAUCCUUUGUUAUAGAAUAUUUCCAACUUUCUGAUCAAUAUAGUAUGGGAAGGAGAAAGGCAAUGAAACAAGUGGCUUUGCAAAUUAUAUGCAUUACAAAUCAUGUUCAUUCAGGCAUUGUACUCGCGUUAUAUUUUAAAGCUCCAAAAACUGUUUUGGAUAGAGAAGAAAAAUGUAAACUGUCAGGUUUUUACUGACAUCCAGGGGUUCGGUUAGGGAGCUUUACCCUCAUUUCCAGAAAGAAUGCGCGUAUAAAACUGCAAUAGGGACAGAGAACAAAAUCAUUUGACACCAUUU